UAUGUUUGCAAUUACUAAAUUACUAAUUACUAAAUAUCUUUAAAACUGUAGGAGUAGUAGUAGAGGUUUCUGAUGGACGGAGGGACGCAUGAAUUCAUAAUAGCGCCUUCCAACCUGAGUUGGAAUAUGCGAUAAACGUUAUACAUUUUUAGCGCAUUUUUAAGAAUUAAAAAAAAUGUGCUAUUGUUUGCUUGUUGUGCGUCCGUCCGUGUCCGCGCCCACUUCUGCGGUUUUGACCCGCUUUCAGGAGAAUUCCUAGAGUCCUCGUUUUUUUGCAAUAGGUAGGAUUAAAAUGCAAUGAGGGACGAAAAGUGGCAGUACACAGCAUCUCUUUGAAUUUGGGAGGCAGUAAUUUCCUCAUAACGUUCAGUUUAUAUGAACCUGGCAAAACAUGUAAUAAUUAAUAAAUGGGAGCAUUUAAUUCAAGAAUAAGGCACUUAAUUAGCACCUAAUUAGCACCUAAUUAUGCAAUAUGUUUGAUUGUGUUCUGCUGAUCUUGCUCUGCUAAGUUCAUGGACAUUCUGCUGAUGUGCUGUUACAGCCUUGCCCAGGUCUUGUGAUCUCUGCCCGGAGACAACCUCACAAAAGUAGAUGAUUUGUUCCGCUGUCUCUUUCUACUCGAAUGUGACAUGUGUUUUCCUCACCUACCCCGAUUUUAUUGAAAUGAUAUCCCAAGGGACUGCCCCAGUGAUCAGGUCUAUCUAUGAUAUUACUUCUGCUGAGGGUUAGCUAGUCUCCUGGAAAGUAAUCAGUUGCUUAGAUUGUCUUACACCCCGGAAUUAGGAGGGUGAGUUGUUUUGUAUAUUUUAGUGUUGAAAUGGAUAAGGAACAAGCGUUCCAAGUAAAAUAACCAGGAAGUUGGCCAGUUUAGAGGGAUACUGUUCCAGAUGGAAGAGUAAAUAAUUGCACCAAGUUCAAUUCGGUGCCAAACACUGCGCACCAAGGCCGAGAAGAAGAGGGAGCUAAUACCCGAGCUUGAAGUGGACAUUCUGGAAAAUGAGAAGAGCUUCUCACAUGCAUAUUUGACAGAGGAUUCAAAGGCUGUUGAGAUUAUUAGUGGAUUCUGGAUCAAAAGCUCACAGCAGCUGAACCUCCCAAGGCAAAAGCGAAGGCGGGAUAACGGUCCAGUUACACCCAAAACAACAAAGUGAUUAACAACAGAAGUAAUCGUUCUGUAAGCUGAUUCCACUCUGACCAAAUCCAAGGCUCAAUUGACGUACUUCUGGGAGCAGAGGAAUACGCCAAGGUCUUACUCACUGGAGUCGUGAAAGAAGACGACUUGUUGGGUCAACAAAACGAACUCGGUUGGGUGAUAUUCCUAUAGGACGGCAGCAGCUGUUCAGUCCACAGAAAACUACAACAAUUAACAGAAGACGGAAAAGAAGACUAUCCAAAGGCAGCCCGAGGCACAAUGCAGAACGUCUACGGGGACGACAUCUUAUCUGAUGCCAACAGCAUGCAUCAAGUUAUCCAAUUACCAAAAGGAGGGUUCAAGUUCCUUAAACGGGCGGCUAACAAAAAAGAUAUACUAACCACCACUCCCAUGGACGAAAGAAUAAUUUAGUGCAGUUCCAGAAGGCAUUUAUAACUUCGAUGAAACAUCCGGACGUCGCACUAGGGAAAUAACAGAGGAAACAAUUAAAACUUUGAAGGAAUUUACUAUUGUUCUGUAUGACUCCGGAGCAGGCGAAAUCUACUACAAAAGACCAAAAAAAAAAGUAAGGUUAUGCCCUUUGGAGGGAAUUAGCUUCUGUGAUGCAUCAAAUAUGUUUGUUUCAUUGAUCGACUAUGUUCAGAAGAUUUACUAUAUACCUACAAAGCGCGAAAGAAAAUUCGCAUAUUCCACAUUAUGAUUUAGGAAUUUCUUCUGCUUCCGAGCCUUUGUAAAAUGGAAAUAAUAAACUCGUGGCAAAGGAUUUUCCUCUGUCAGUAGUUUUCUUUUGUAUACUUGACCAAAACUCUUUUCCACAAUCCAGUAUUGGAGUAUCCUGAAAAGACAGUUAUGCUAUUAAUUCCUUAAUCCUCAAACAUAUUUUCGUCUGAUCUUCCACAGAAUUUCUCUUGAAGACAUAGGAACUGCCUGUAUGCUCUAGUAAUUCAAGAGACGUCAGAGAAUUUCUUCUUCUUCUUCAACUCAUGAUUAACUUUUGCGUUCAUGGCGUGUGCGUUGGAGUUUGAGCAAUAGAUCACAGGCAACUCUACGUUAAAUGUUAAGUAAAAGUCGAAUGUUCUUUGUUCUUAUUGAAUGCUAUAUUCCUUAUUAUCCAUCUACCCAUAAAUUAAAUCCACAAAUACGUACCUAAGCAAGGAUUCUAUUAGCAUUAGUUUAUCCGGAGAAUAAAGUUAUAGGAAGGACAGAGAAGUGUAAUUAGACCGUCAUUAGAGUAAAGUGAUCUUUGUCCCUUCAAUUGCGUUAACGUUCUCAGGUUUUUAUGAUAGAUCUCACGGUAAAAACAUUGAUAUAAGUACACGACCAUGACCUCCAUUACUGCGCGCCUAAAAUACAGCGCAUACUACUCCUACGUUAUCUAAGAAACGAUAAAAAAAACCUCAGUUAUGAUUUAGGCACCGUUAAAUCCACCAUGUUCUUUUAUAUAGCAAUCAUCGUCUUAAUUUACGUGCUAGUCCAUGCGUUAUGGCAGCCUUUCAAGUAUUGGAAAAGAAGGAAUAUACCCCAACUUAAACCGACCCCGUUGGUAGGAAACUUUGGCCCACUACUAAGGCGUCAAUGCUCAAUUGCGGAGUUGGUUCAGGAUAUUUACAACUCUCAUCCAAACCACAGGUACUUUGGGGCUUAUCAGUUUUUCCUACCCACUCUAGUACUAAAAGAUCCCGAGCUCAUCAAGAAGGUCGCCGUGAAAGAGUUUGAUACGUUUCCCGAGCACAGAACCGUAGCGCUCGAAGAGGUCGACUCCCUUCUGGCGAGCAACAUAUUCUUCAUGAAAGGAGGAGAGAAGUGGCACGUUUUGAGAUGCGCGCUAAGUCCCGCCUUUACCAGUAGCAAAUUGAAAGCUAUGUUUGCUCUAAUGCAGGAGUGCGCCCAACAGUUUGUAGAAUACUUCGAAAAUCAAACGGGGGUGAUCACUUUGGAAAUGAAGGAUGCGUUUACACGUUACACUAACGAUGUAAUUGGAAGCACGGCGUUUGGAAUCACCUGUAACUCGCUCAAGGAUAGGGAUAACACUUUUUAUGCGAUGGGUUUGCAAGCCACCAGUAUAACGCUGUUCCGAGGGUUGAGGGUGUUUAUGCAAACCAUUAGCCCGCGGUUGGCGAAGAUAUUCCAACUGUCCAUCGUGCCCAAAUUUAUCGAAACUUACUUUGUGAAUAUUAUACGGGAGAGCAUUUCCAUAAGAAAAGAGAAAGGUAUCGUUCGUCCUGACAUGAUUCACCUACUGCUCGAAGCGAGACAAGGUAGGUUGAAGUAUGACGAUGUUGGGGAGGAUUCCGGAUUUGCCAUCGCGCAGGAGUCCGAGGCGAGGAAAUCGCACGGCGCGUUAAAAGCGUCGAUCACCGAUGAGGACAUUGCAGCCCAGGCGUUCUCCUUCUUCCUUGCCGGAUUUGACACCUCCGCCACCGCUAUGUGUUUCGCCGCGUAUGAGUUGGCGGUUAACUGUGAUAUUCAAAGAAGGCUGCAAAGUGAAAUAGACACGUCCUUAGCCUCCAAUCAAGGAGAAAUCACAUUCGAGGCAGUGCUUGGGUUGGCUUAUCUCGACCAAGUCGUUUCGGAAACUCUUCGGAAAUGGCCGCCUAUUACAUUCACCGAUAGAAAAUCCGUAGCGCCUUUCACAAUAGAAGCUAAGCUUCCUCACGAGCAGACUACACACUUUGAAGCGGGCACGGUAUGUUGGAUUCCCAUAUACGCCAUCCACAGAGACUCGUUGUACUACCCUGAUCCUGGCGUGUUCGACCCUGAAAGAUUCCACAAGGACAAUCUGCACAAAAUCAAACCUGGCACUUAUCUUCCGUUCGGAAUGGGGCCUAAAAACUGUAUUGCCUCGCGGUUUGCAAUUCUGGAAACUAAGUUGAUUUUGUUCAACAUUUUAAGCAAAUUCAACAUUGUCCCAGUAAAGGAGACCAAAAUUCCUUUCGUUCAAGGGAGAAACGGCCUGUUUCUGAGCGCGGAGGGAGGCUUCUGGUUGGGAUUGCAACACAGGGAGAGGUGAUGGUUGGACGCUGGGGUCGCACAUUUUUGUCAUUGCACCAUGAAUAGACUUAGCCAGAAGAUCAUGCACUCUCUGUACACGACAUUCAUUCAAGGAUUGCUAGUAACCAAUGAACUGCUCAGUAAAUUAUCAAAUGAGCUGUUAUAAACCAUAGAGAGCGUCACAGCACUUAAAUAAAAAAUCAUAUGUACGGAAAUAUUACUUAUUGAAAUUAAUAUUUCAAAUAAAUUUACAUUCUGUUCUCAA